CGGCUCAGAGCGGAGGGAGAGCGCAGAGCGCAGAGCGGAGAGCGGAGAGACCCUGCCGCCGCUGCUACUGCUCCUCAGCCCCGGCCCCGGCCCCGGCCCGUCGGAUACAAGCCAGGAUGUUCCUCCUCUGUUAAAAAACGCAAAUCACUUGAAGCCGGGGACACAGGAGCUGCUCGAGAAUCCAGCGUGUGGCGACCGGCUGACACAGAUGCGCCCGCCCUGCCCGUGGUGUCCGUAGGCAGCGUCGGUCUUUUGUUCGGCUGAGGCGUCUGUCCUCCAACCCCCGACAUGGAUCGCUCAGAGAGGGAACACAGGUCGGACGACGAGGCGGAAUAUCAGGACGAGGAGGUGGACCCCAGAAUCCAGGGGGAGCUGGAGAAACUCAACCAGUCCACCGACGACAUCAACAGAUGCGAGACGGAGCUGGAGGAUGCAAGGCAGAAGUUCCGCUCCGUUCUGGUGGAGGCCACGGUGAAGCUGGAUGAACUGGUGAAGAAAAUUGGCAAGGCUGUUGAGGAGUCUAAGCCUUACUGGGAGGCCCGCAGGUUGGCCAGACAGGCCCAGCUGGAGGCCCAGAAGGCCACCCAGGACUUCCAGAGAGCCACCGAGGUUCUGCGGGCAGCGAAGGAGACCAUCUCCCUGGCCGAGCAGAGGCUCCUGGAGGAGGACAACCGGCAGUUUGACUCCGCCUGGCAGGAGAUGCUGAACCACGCCACCCAGCGGGUGAUGGAGGCGGAGCACACCAAGACGAGAAGCGAGCUGGUGCACAAGGAGACGGCGGCAAAAUACACGGCAGCCAUCAGCCGCAUGAAGCAGCUGGAGAAAAAACUCAAACGCAUCAUCAACAAGUCCAAGCCCUACUUUGAGAUGAAGGCGAAGUACUAUCUGCAGCUGGAGAACCUGAAGAAGAACGUGGACGAGCGGCAGGCCAAGCUGUCUCUGGCCAAAGGCGAGUACAAGGCGGCCCUCAGGAACCUGGAGAUGAUCUCCGACGAGAUCCACGAGCGACGGCGGAACUCCGCCAUGGGCCCCCGGGGGAGAGGCGUGGGCUCAGAGGGCGACAGCGUUUCCGGAGACGACAUCUCCAGCUUCAAAAUGGAGUCUGAUGGAAUAUCCAUGGCGUCUGUGUGUUUCGACGACGAUGCGUGCGGCGGCGGUGGCGGCGGCGGCGCCUUGUCUGAAGAGGACUCGGAGACUCGCUCCACCUGCAGCUUGGGUUCGUCUCCCAGCAGCCCUCAGGAUCUCAUGUCGCCCUGCCCCUUCGCCGGCUCCUCCUCUUCCUCAUGCACCUCCUCCUCCGCCCCUCCGUCACCGACUCCCUCCUCCUCCUCGUCCUCCCCUGCUCCUCCCUCCAGGCCCUGCAGUCUGGAUCUUCCCAGCACCGUGUCCUUGUCCGACUUCAGCCUCAUCUCGCCGGUGCUGGGGCCUCGCAGCGAGUGCAGCGGAGCGUCAUCACCUGAAUGCGACCUGGAGAGAGGAGACCGGGCAGAAGGUGCAGAGGGGGAUCUGGACAACGCUCCCGCCACGAACAACAACAACAAAAGCGGCGGUGGCGGCGGCGGCAGCAGCUCCACCUCCACAGCCAAGAAGACCUUCAGCCUGGAGGCACGCUUCAGCUUUCUGAACCUGCGACGCCCUCGAGCCGACAACGCCAAAAAAAUGGACAACUCUUCCCAAAAGGCCGAGCCCGCGCAGAGCGGGGUCCUGGUCAUGGGAGUCUGAGGGACAAAAAGAGAACUUGUUAGAGGGAUUCCGACCCACUGGUGAACUAUUAUGAGCUGUUUAUAAGCUAACCGCCACAGCUGCACUCCAUUUCCAAACUCCACUAUGUUGACAUUGUGUUGCUGAAGGGGGAUGGAAGAAAAAGAGAGGAGGAAAUUAUUCAUGUUAUUUUUUUUCCCCCUCACUAACAGCUGAAAAAAGGCUUCUGUCACAAAAGCGGAAGUACACAGGCUGCCUGCGUACGACCUUUGACCUGGGGAUCAUCUUAAAACUGCUCUAUUAUUGUUGAAUAAUUGGUGUAAUUGUUUAGCAAAAUUGAGAAUUUAUUACUGUUAAAUGGCAUUUAGCAUGCUCUAAACCACGCAGAGGUUCAACGGUUGGAAGAACUGAAGUCACAUGUUGAGAUGUUCAACAGAUAACUGGUCUCUCGACCUCCUGCUAUACAUUCCCGUGUUUGAUGACAUGACUAUGUUGUAUUUUCUGAAGUUCUGUAUGUGAAUUGUUCAGGUUUGGCCACUGUGGCCCUUCUAAUGUUUAAGCUGUUUAUUUUUCAAGUAAGCUGCUCGAGGUGUAAUCCUGGUUUAUUCGAGCUUUGGCCUUUCAUGCAGAGGUUGUGCCGCCACGAUGACUGUGUUUUAACUUAAAGUCCUUGUGGUGCACAUUCAGCAAAAUGACUGAUAUUUAAACACAAUACGUCCCUUAAACAGUAACAGUUGCAUCGCAGAUAAAUACAUCUAACGAGCUGAAAGUGAUUAGGUCACGCUUUACUUCAUGUCCCCCUGUUUAGCAUUUAUAAGAAGUAAAACAUGUAAUAAUUGCCCCUAAUCAGAUGUAAGUGUUUAUAAAGGUAUUUGUCAACAACUAUAAUUCCUCCUGUGAGCUCCCAUAAGCUGAAGCUAAUGUGUAAACAGAUAUUUAAUAAUAUAGUAAAACACAGCUGUAAUAUAAAAUGUUUUCAGAGGAGAAGUUACAAUUGUUGACAAAUACUGUACAUUAAUAAACACUUGAAAUGUCCUACUACGUUAUAGUGUUGUAAACAUUUAUAAAAUUUUAUAUGCUGCUUAUAAAAAACUAAAUCGGAGGAUUUAAAGUAAGGUGUUACCUGUUGUAACUUCUCAUUUAGCUGAAAACCAGUGUUUAGCUGCCCUCUGUGCUUUAAAGCUGUGUAACUUUUCUUUGUUGAGACUCACGUUUCUCUUACAAAUGAAAAGUUCAAUUUAUAAUAAAUAAAAACAUUCUUAUUUAAUUCAA